AUGCUUUCUAUAAUCGAAACUACUAAUAGAGGUUUACUGAAGUUUGCGGAUACUGCAGUUUUAGAUUUGAAAUUGAUAUGCAUUAACGAAAUUCUAGGCAUUAAUGUAGGCUGUGGAAUAAGCGUCAGUAGUUUUCUCAGUGCUUGAUUGAUUUUGCACAAUUUAGUAGUGAUAGAACUUUACUCAGUGCUUAUAAGAGUAAUUAUUUUAGGAUAUUUUCGAUUAUGCUGCUUGGCUAGCUGUAGGCUAAUAAAAUCAGAAUUAAAAUUGAAUAGUAAAUAA